AUGGCUGCUCCUCGUGCCUCAUCCUUCAAGGCUCUGCGUAACCUGCAGAAGGCCACACGCACCGGUGUUCCGGCCAAACGCUCCCUCCAUCUUACGGGCUCUCAGGCCUCUCCCUCACCUCUCGAUCUCAGCCACAAGACUACCUACACCCCGUGGAACCUGCAAGAUCUGCGUGGUGAAUGCAACAAGAGAUCUCUGUCUGCAUCUGGCACCAAACAUGAGCUCAUUGACCGCCUCGCAGGCCAUGACAGCCUGCAGGCCCGUGCUUUCUCCAUUGCCAUGAGGAGAAUUGCUCGUGAGGAGACAAGGAAGCCUAUCAGCGGUCCCUCUGAAUCACCGGCUCGACGUGAGUUCAACACCUCCCGCGCAAACAAGACAGUUGGAGACACAUCGACGGUGGAUUUUGCCUACUUCCCCAAGCUGUUCAGCCCCGAGUUCAAUCCCGAGCCGGCGGCAAUCAGAGUGCCUAUCAUGCCGCACGUCGACAGCGACACGGCCGAGGCGGUGCUGGAAAGAUACCCCGAGCUGGACGCUGCUGCCGGAGGCUACCAGGAUACCAAUGCCGGUAACACGGUCAUGAAGCCUGAGAUCUCGGCCAUCAACGGUGACAGUGCGAGUGCCAUGUCCGACGUCCACGACAGCCACUACGUUGAGGAGAUGUCGGUCGACGCGUUAACGAGCUUGACCGAAACCGUCGGCAAAAGUGCCAGGCAGUUCAUGGGCAAGGACAAUGACGAGACUACAGUGCGCGAGCUGUGGAGUGGCUUCCUUGACGAUCUUCUGGGUCCCAAGGGUAGUACCAAGCGAGUCUGA